UGCAGUGCCACUAUCGAAGUAGCAAUUGCAUUUGACGGGCGGAUGGAUAAAUACAUAGGACGCGUUGCUGUGGUCACUGGUGCUAGUGCGGGAAUAGGAGCAGCCAUAACACAGACGCUGCUUCGGCAUGGCCUGACUGUUGUAGGACUCGCUAGGAGGGUGGACAGGGUCAAGGCACUGGAAAUGAAGGAUGCUUCAGGCAAGCUGCAUGCUGUACAAUGCGAUGUGAGGAAUGAAGAGCAAAUUGUCAAUGCAUUCAAAUGGAUAAAUGAAAAUGUUGGAGGUGUUGAUGUUCUGAUUAAUAAUGCAGGUGUAGCAGGUCAUUCAGACAUUACUGAGGCACCAACAGAGGAGUGGAGGAAAAUUCUAGAAAUUAAUGUUCUUGGACUUAGCAUCUGCACAAGAGAGGCUGUACAAGGCAUGUUACAGAGAGGAGUUAAUGAUGGUUUUAUUAUCCAUAUUAGCAGUAUUUCUGGCAUUUAUCCCCCAAGAGCCUCAAAUUUUAGCAUGUAUGGUGCAAGCAAACAUGCAGUUCAGGUAUUAACAGAGGGCUUAUUAAAGGAUUUAGCUGAAAGAAACUCUGGAAUCAGAGUUACGUCAAUAUGCCCUGGGUUAGUAAAAACUGAGAUCAUGGAUAACACGAAGCAUCUAGAUAAAGAAAAGGUCUACUCACAGCUACCACAUCUGCAACCAGAACAUGUUGCUAAUGCUGUUGUGUUUGUUUUAUCACAGCCGCCAAUUGUCCAGGUGCCUCUACUUGUAAUACAGCCUGUUGGACAGAGGAGUAUUACUGAAGUGAAGUAAACAGUUGAUCAAAGCCUCUUCAGAGACAGUGAAAUGACAAAUAUCAUCUUAUUUGAUGUUUUAUUUCUAUACUAAUCACCUGUGUUAAUACAAUGCUUAGUUUUGUUGAAGUUCUGGAAUAUUAUCAUUACACUUCAUUCACAUGAAAAAAGCUGAACUCUACAGUCAUCAGAUUUGAUAUUGAAAGGCAGUGGUUGUCUACUAGAUCUAGAUGCUGUUUACAAAUUUGCUCUAAAAAUAAAAACAAAAAUGAUAAAUAUUACACACUGAAUUACACAUUUUUGCAUGUGUAAACCAGUGACGUGCUUUCAGGGGUAAUAUACACUACAGCACGUAGAAAGUAAUGAGAGGAUAUUACUUUGGACUAUUGGAAGGCUGUUAAUACACACUAAAAGAUGACAUUGAUGAACCUAAGUGCUGCAUGAAAUGAAUGCAAUUGUCCUUGCAGAAGUUUCACCAUGGCACUAAUUUAUAGGAGACUUAAAAUAACAAUCAACCUUCAAGGAACAAUUCAAUACAUGCUCUGCAAAUGAGAUAUGGUGACAGUGAUUAGCUGAGAAUCGUACAUGCAUGGAUCAACAGUGCAAUUAAAAAUGGUGUGUUAUUGUGGAAGUUUCUAUCAAUCUAAGUAAUAGUUGUUUGGAACAAACACAAUAGGUAAAGUGGAUUGCACAUUAAAGGUUUAAAUAUAGUAAUU